AUGCGGCUCCAUGCUCCAAAGCACAUCAACACUUCGGGCAAACCCGCCAAAACCCCUGGCGGGGGUAAGGGUUUUGGGAGGGUCGCAGGGAAAGGUGUUGCGGAACAGCGCAGGAGCAGUGAAAGGCAGCAGUGGUGGUCUGGCAAGCUAUGCGGAUGCGUGUUCCUGGAGUUCCUACUAGGACCCCGGACACCCUGUGACGUGACGGUCAGAUCACUCCAUCAGAUGGCCCAUCAAUCAGGAAGAGAACACAAUUAUGCAGAACUGUGCAGAAGGAAGAACAGGAAAAGCAGGAAGAAAGAAGGAGAAAAGCAGGAACGCGGAAGGUGGAACGGUUCCCAGAACGGGAAAGAAGGGGGGCCUUUAGGCCCAGGAAUUGAGGGAGUUUUGGUACCUAAGCUAUAUGAAUUCUGGGUGACUUAA